AUGAAGAAGAAGCCGGGCAAUGGGCGGGGACAGGACCCUGCAGCCCCCCAGCAGCGAGUCCGGUCUGUCACCAAGCCAGCGGAGUACGUGGGAUCCUUCAUAGUGGAGGAGCUGGACCUGCAGCAGCGAGCGGGGCAGUUGGAGGAGCAGCUGUGGGCGCUGAAGGACUGUCCCAGGAGGAGGCCGGUGGUGCUGAGGUUCAGCUUGCAGGGCCUGAAGGUCUACAGUGCUGAUGGGGAGACGCUGCUCAUGGCACACGCGGUGCGCCGGAUCCUGUACAGCACCUGGAGGCUCCCCGACCGCCAGUUCGCCUUCGUGGCCCGCAACCCCCACAGCCCCCCCAGCACCCUCUUCUGUCACCUCUUCGUGGGGCUCCCGGGAGAGGUCCAGACCCUGCACCUCCUCCUCUGCCGCUCCUUCCAGCUCUGCUACCUCCUGGCGCACCCCGAGGAGCAGGCGGCCGAGGGGGAGCUCCCGGGGCCGGGGGUGCUGCGGGAGCCCCUCAACCCCGAGGAGGUGUCACGAAAUGUCAACGCCCUCGUGUCCUUCCGGCGCCUGCCCGCGCCCGGCGGCCUCGGCCCGCUGGGCACCGGGGACCGGCGGCAGGAGGCGGAGGGCAGAGCCUGGCGCCCGGGGAAUCCCUACUGCUCCCCGGUGCUGGUGCGCAAGAAAGCCAUUCGGAGCAAAGUGCUGCGCUCGGGAGCCUACCGGGACUGCGGGGCCGAGGGACAGCUCCACCAGCAGCCCCGCGACGCCGGUGAGUGCCGGGGGGAAAUUGAGGCACGGGGAUACACAGCACCCCAUGGGUGGGAAAGCAAAGGGACGAGGAGUUUGGCCUUCCUGCCCGAAAACGAGAGCGUCCUCGCCGAGAGCGUGUGGUCCUUCGCCGGCAUCGCCAGGGCCGCUGGGGUCGCGCUGCUGCGGCAGGACGUGCCCGGUGCCUUCCUGCUGCGCCCCGAGCCCGGGCUGCCCAAGCGCUGGUGCCUGUGGGUGCGGGCGCCCUGCGGCGUCGUGUCCUACGGCCUGGUCAGGACACACCAGGGCAGGUUCUGUGUGGAGCACUCCAACGCCGAGUUCGCCAGCGUGGCCGCUCUCCUGGCCCACUACUCCGGGCCACCGGGGGGCUGCUUCUGCCGCCUGGCCCCCGGCCGACGCAACCCCGGCUAUGAGGAGCGGGAUCCCGGCAGCGAGGCCGGCGCCGGGGCGGGGGAGGCCGCCUGGGCCCCCGCCGCCCCCACCGGGGCGCAGCACGAGCGGGGGUAG